CCGGCUAUAUCAUCUCGGCGGUAGUUGCGCCGCGUUGCACGUUGCUAGAUAGUUGCAAUGUUGUAGCUAUUAGCACGACAGCUAUUCCUUCGCUGGGAGGGAGACCCCACGUUUAGUUCGACCAACCUUCCGACUAAUUCUCACUCUUUAUAGCCCAACCAGCGGCCAACUGCUGGCCAACGGAAAUAAAUCAUCAAAGUAACGUUACUAGCUAGCUAACUUAUUUUGUCAGUCUCUUAGCCCGCUAGCCUACCCCAUUAGCUAGCUAGCUAGCUGCCCGCUAGCGUUGAACCGUCUCCUCCCUCAGUGCGAACAGUCUCCUGCCCGGCUGGAGGACCAUGGCGAUGAGACAGACUCCGCUCACCUGCUCCGGUCACACCCGGCCUGUGGUGGACCUGGCCUUCAGUGGAAUCACUCCCUAUGGCUACUUCCUCAUCAGCGCCUGCAAGGAUGGCAAGCCCAUGUUGCGCCAGGGAGACACAGGGGACUGGAUAGGAACGUUUCUGGGUCACAAAGGCGCUGUCUGGGGAGCCACUCUGAACACAGACGCCACCAAGGCAGCCACCGCCGCAGCUGACUUCACAGCAAAGGUGUGGGAUGCAGUGAGUGGAGACGAAGUCCUCACACUGGCACACAAACACAUCGUCAAGACUGUCACCUUUACUCAGGACAGCAACUACCUGCUGACUGGAGGAAAUGACAAGCUGCUGCGCAUCUAUGAUCUCAGCAACCCUGAAGCAGCCCCUCAGGAGAUUGCAGGUCACACCUCAGCCAUAAAAAAAGCCUUGUGGUGUAACAACGACAAGCUGAUCCUCUCUGCUGCCGAUGACAAAACCAUACGGCUGUGGGACAGGAGCUCCAUGGAGGAGGUGAAGACGCUGUCAUUCGACACAUCAGUGAGCAGCAUGGAGUACGUGGCUGAUGGAGAAAUUCUUGUGAUCACAUAUGGAAAGACAAUUGCUUUUUACAACGCUCUAAGGAGACUUCAUCAAACGCCCGGGAUCGAGGACCUGGGGGCAGAGAACUCUGAGCAGCUGUACACUGCGCCCCCUGAGAUCAAAGCCUGAAGAGAAAGCAGCGCUGUUUGGAAAUAGGAUGAGAAGAGAGAAGGAAACGAGCGGAGGGGUGUUCCAGCGUUCUAUCUGGCCCCAGCAAGGAGCAGAGUCCAGAGCAUCUCCAUCCAUCAGGGGACUGAUGUGAAUAUUAUGACUGCCCUGUCUGUCACAGACUAACCCAGUGCACACUUACACAGACAUGCACAUACACACACAUUUGCACACACACACACACACUGAUGUCAUGCAGUCAUAUGGACAGUAUGGGCUGCAGAGUAAAGCAGUAGAGCUGUGAGUAUCAGCUCAUUGCUGCCUGCUUUCUCUCUGAUCAGCCUACAUCUGUCUGCUUAAGUUAUUUUAACUUCCCCCCUAAAAUCACAUGAUGCUACGAUCAGUUUUGGUUUCAAAAUUAAGAUCAUCAAUGAGCUGGACCAAUGCUUUUGUUUUCAGUUCAUCGUUACGGGAAUACUAUCGCUAGUUGCACAGUUUGUGCUAAAGUUAAGGCGUUUUAAUUUCUUCUGCUGUUGUACUGUUUAAGUAUAAAAAAAGUUUGGUGUCAAAAUGAAAGAAAAUAUUGUUUUGUGACAAGGCGGAAAGGGAAGAAAUGUCACUGGUCUUUUUUUCCAUUUUGGUUUGUGUCUUCAUUUGUGUCCAGUGAUGAAAUAAACAAACGCAUUGCUGUUUUAUUUGUAAGUAAUGCACAAGGAGCAAA